GGAAAUGUUAAAUUUUAUUUCUCGUCAAGUGAAAUUAUUUAAGAUAUAUAAUUAUAUAUUUAUAUAAUAUUAUUUUAUAUAUUUCUUUUUGUUUUUUGUUUAUAUAAUUGGCAAAUAUUUUAUAAGCAGGAGGAAAGAUCUGGUCGAAAAAAGUUUAACUUUAUAUAAUAUUGUUGAAUAUAAUUUUAUUUAUAGGUUUUUCAUUGUAACACAUGUAUAUUGCUUUGAAUUAUUAAUGUUAUUUGAAGUUUAUAUGUACCUUCAAAAAAAAAAAAAGAUAAAGAAAUAUAUAUAUAUAUAUACACACACAUAUAUAUAUGCAUAUAUAUAUAUAUAUAUAUAUAUAAACAUAUACAUUUACAUGAAUUUUAUAGGUUUGUAAGUAUUUAAUUUUUUAUUCUAUUGUGUGGGAAAUUUUUGUAUUCCUUUUAGAUAGAUGGCGCGACUUUCAAGAUAAUUAAAAUGGCUGAAAAUUGAUUUUUCUCUACAACGUAAAUUCUUAGAAAAUAUUUUAUUUAUUACGUGCAAAAAUAUUUUGGAGAGUUCAUUUAUAUAACAGCGAGAAAAAAAAGAAGUAAAUAUUCUCCAAGAAAUUUCUAAAGUGGUUUAAUUUUUUAUUCAACGUAUAUACACAGAAAUGCAGAAGGCAUAAUCGUAUCGUUUCGCAUCGUUACAAUUGAAGUAGUUCCGAUGUUCUUUUUAGAACAAAAAUUCGCGCCCAAAUGAGUGCUAAGGGGCAGCAUAAGUGUGUUCUCUGUGAUUCAAAAUUAGAUUCCAAAGAAGGAUUACAGGAACAUUUUAGAAAACAUGCAAAUAAAGAAAUAGAUACUCGUGGACGUCCUGUUAGAAAUAAUAAAAAUGGAGAUACCAAGUGUGAUAUGUGCGGACAAUCAUUUGACAGCGUAACUGCAACGAUCAGACAUAGGUUUAAAGUCCAUUCGAAUUCACCAACAAAAUUCUAUUGUCACUAUUGUGGCAUGCAAUUUCCAUUAAAAACUCAUAGAGAUAAUCAUCAGGCAUCGCAUGAUUCCAUCGAAAGAGAAAAUAAAGAUGAGCAUAAAAAGUGUGAGGAUUGCGACGUGAUAUUUUAUAAUAAAAAAGCUUUGGACUAUCAUUAUCGUUCCAUACAUAAAAGGAUGGUGCAUUUAUUUCAACCAAUUGCUACACCACCACCAAGCAAUAAAAUUAAAGUCAAUUCGAUGAAUGAUGCUUUGAGUGUUUAUUAUUGUCAUUUGUGUGGCGUAGAGUAUGUUAUAAAAUUUAAUUUACAACAACAUUUGGAACGAGCUCAUACUCAAGAAGAAAGAGAGGCAGUACCAGAAGAUCUCAUUAAGUGUACAGUUUGUGCUGCAUUAUUUUGUAGUAAAAAAGCAUAUGACGUUCACAAUAGUUAUCAUCAACCGAAUGAUUUAUAUGUAACAUCGGAAGAACAGAGACUACAGACUGUUACAAAAAUUGAUCAAGAUUUUGAUAUUAGAAGGGUCGAAGCAGUAGCUAAUAGAUAUGUUCCCAAAACUAAUAUAUCAAAGAGGCCAGCAAAACAUUGGGCGAAGCAAGAAAAAAUACAAAGGCUAAACAAAUCUAAAAGAGAAGAAUAUUUAUCAUCCCAUAAUGAUCUCGCCGGUGCUAAUGAUUCAAGCGAUUCUGAAAGUGAUCUACCAUUAAAACAAAGACUUUCUAGCUAACAGAGGUCUUCCUCUACUUUUAAAGUCCCUUUAUUAUUUAGAAAUAUUUGCAAAUAUUGAAUUUUUAUUAACAAUCAUUGCAGUCCACCAUUUAUAUUAUAUUUAUGUAGGUAUAACUUUAUUCUCGUUAAUUUCUAUUAUUGAAAAUUUCUUUGUGUAUGUAAAUACAUGUGUAGAUAAUAAUCAUUAUCAUAAUAUAAUACGUCAUAUUUUAUUUAUAUUAAUAUAUAACAUUAAAAUCGUACUUUUCGAUAAUAGCGUCCAUAUUGUAAAUAAUAACGAAUGUUUUAAUCAUAUUGAUCGCUCUUUCACUCAUUUUUUAAUA